CCCGAGAUGCUUUGCGUUUCUUCCGCGCGCACACACACGCCCCGUCGGCCACAAUUGGUAAAACAACGUGCGCGCUCCCGCUGAGCAGCGACAAGAUGGCGGUCGCCGCCGGAUCAGGCGUUAAAGUUCCUCGCAAUUUCCGGCUCCUGGAAGAGCUGGAGGAAGGUCAGAAAGGUGUGGGUGACGGGACGGUGAGCUGGGGUCUGGAGGAUGACGAGGACAUGACCUUAACCCGGUGGAGAGGAGUGAUCCUCGGCCCCCCGAGGACGAGCUAUGAAAACAGGAUGUACAAUCUGAAGGUUGAAUGUGGGCAAGGGUACCCCGAGUCCCCCCCGUUUGUCAAAUUCGUGACGAAGAUAAACUUGAAUGGCGUGCACACCUCCAGCGGUGUGGUUGACAUACAUGCGGUGACUGCACUGGCCAAGUGGCAGAACUCCUACAGCAUCCGGAUGGUGCUGCUGGAGCUGAGACGGCUCAUGACCUGCAAGGAGAACAUGAAGCUUCCUCAGCCGCCUGAGGGCCAGAUCUACACCAACUGAGCCCCUUCCACGCCUGGCUCCAUCUUUUUCUCCUCUUCUUCUCCUCCCUGCUCCCCUUCAACUCUUAUAAUUUGCUUUCAUCCCUUUGUCCCCCACCAUCAUCCGCCAUGUGACAUUCCACCUCCUGCCGAUACCUUGGCUAAGCAUGUACACACAGAAACACACACACACGCAUAUAUAUACACACACACACACUCAUAUAUUAGAACAUUCAUGAAAAAUUCAUUCCAGGCCCCUCCCCCCUCCCUCCCCCAUCACUGGAGCUCUGGGCGGACUUGAUGUGACGAGGCAGGCGGAGUCCUCAGUCCACACCAGAUAUGUUCAUUCGAAUACUGUACAUCUUACUAAUCUUCUUUUUAUUAUUAUUUGUUAAAAAUAAUGCAGAUUGUACAAUAACAUAAAUAAUCUUAUUGAGUGUA